AUGAAGAUGAGCGUUUCAAAGGAGGAAUUCAAAGGGCUCUUUGCAAAAUUGUUUGACACGGAUUUCGAUUCUGUAAUCAAUUCUGAUGAGUCUAAUAGAGACGAGCUUACGAGUAAGAGUACGCAGAGUAUAAGGGAUGAAACAUUGAACCUCAACAAACUUAAAUAUUUGAAUAGUGAUAGAAGGAAGGCUGAAUAUUUACGACGCAUCUCACUGCUUCGUGACGUUCUCAACGAGAGACGCAACUAUAGUAGUGGCCAAUAUCUCGACUUGGGAACAGAAUUGGAGAUUAACAGGAAGCUUGUCAAGUAUUUAGGCGCACUAAAUGAUAUCUAUGAAGAUCAAAAGCCGAAUAAGCAUUCAAUCAAAUAUGCUGAACGACUAGCUGCGAAUGUUGGUAGGCAAGAGGAACUCUUGGUCAAAUUAGGUGACAAAUUUUCAGAACACGAACCAAAGUUCAUCACCAGUGUAACGGAUAGCAUUAGCCACUAUGCAAGAAGAAUACUUCUCACAGCAAUUUCGUUGAUGGUGGUGUCAUAUUUAUUGAGCUUACUGGCAGACAUCGAUGAAUAUGAUGAAGGACUGUACAAUAACUUAUAA